AUAUAACGAGAGGGCUAAAGUUGUAGAAAAACAAUAUCAAACAGAAGAGAAACAAACCCAAAUACAAAAGAAAGGGUUUACAGUUGUAGAACAACAACAAGAAGGGUUUAGUAGGCCGCCGAUUUUGCUGUGUUCACCACCACCACCGCCGCCGCCGCCAUGGAACCCGACAACCAUUCAGACUCAGACUUAUGCACCUCAAUCCUCACCAAAUUCAGCACCUCCACAGACCCACAACACCACCACCUCUGUUCCAUCAUCGGCGACAUAUCUCAAAGCCUCAAAGACCUCAACCACCCUCUUACACCGCUCGCAUACUUUGGGGCAACGUGCACUUCACUUGACAAACUUUUGUCUUCUGACCCUAACCCACCUUCCCACCAUGUGGAUGCUCUUAUUACUAUCCUCUCCAUGGUUGUUCCGAUCAUAUCUCCUGCUGUUAUUAGGAAGCAGUCAGAUUAUGUUUCGGGUUUGGUUAUUCGGGUUAUUGGGUUACAUGAUGUGGGUGAUGGUGUUGUGGUUUCUGGGUUGAAGUGUGUUUCGCAUUUGUUGGUUGUUGGUAACCGGACUACCUGGUCAGAUGUUUCUCAUUUGUUUGGUGUUGUUCUCGGGUUCGUUGCCGAUUCGCGUCUUAAGGUAAGAAGACAUGCACAUGUUUGUCUCCGCGAUGUCAUGCAAGGCUUCCAAGAUACGCCAGUGCUGUCACCUGCUAGUGAAGCCAUUGCAAGCACCUUCGAGCGGUUUCUUCUGCUUGCCGGUGGGUCAAACCCAAACCCAAACCCUAAAGAAGGUUCUAGAGCUCAGGAGGUCUUAUACGUGUUGGAUUCACUGAAAGAUACUCUCCCGCUUAUGUCCAUCAAGUUCUCAACAAAGAUUCUUAAUUACUUCAAAUCCCUUUUAGCACUGCACCAAUCUGCAGCCACCCGACGGAUUACCGACGCUUUGUAUCUACUUUGUCUUCAACCAACCGUCGAUGUAUCUCCUGAAGCAUUGGUUGAUUUGUUAUGCUCGUUAGCUACCUCGGUCUCUUCAAAUGAGAUGACCGGUGACAACUUGACUUUCACCGCUAGACUCUUAGAUUCCGGGAUGAAGAAAGUUUUUUCUCUUAACCGUCAAGCAUGUGUGGUCAAGCUUCCAGUUGUUUUCAGUGCAUUCAAAGAUAUCUUAGCUUCUGAACACGAGGAGCCUUUAUCGGUUGCAAUGGAGGCAUUAAAGAGCUUAAUACAUACAUGCAUUGACGAGAGCUUGAUCAAACAGGGUGUGGAUCAGAUUACGGCAAGUGGGAGUGUGAGAAAAUCCGCACCAACAAUUAUCGAGAAACUUUGUGCAACUGUUGAAAGUUUACUUGAUUAUAGCUUUGCUGCCGUUUGGGACAUGUCAUUUCAAGUUGUGGCCGCAAUGUUUGAUAAACUCGGUGAGUUCAGUUCAUGUUUCCUAAAAGGUACCCUUAAGAGCUUGGACGGUAUACAAAAGCUCCCAGAUGAAGAUUUCCUUUACAGGAAACAGUUGCAUGAUUGCGUGGGUGUAGCUGUAGUUGCAUUAGGGCCCGAAACAUUCUUAAAGUUUCUACCUUUAAACGUAGAAGCUCAAGAUCUCUCUGACGUCAACGUAUGGCUCUUCCCUAUCUUGAAGCAGAAUAUAGUCGGUGCUCGUUUAAGCUUUUUUAACGAGUCUUUAUUGGACAAUAUUAAAGUAUUGAAGCUGAAAUCCGCAAAGCAUGAGCAAGAAGGUCGUAUUCAUUCCGCCAGGAGUCUUGACGGACUUGCAUAUUCUUUAUGGUCGUUAUUGCCGUCAUUUUGCAACUAUCCUGUCGAUACUGCCGAGAGUUUUAAGGAUCUAGAAAAAGUAUUAUGCCAUACUCUUCGCGAAGAAGCCGAUUUCCGUGGAGUAAUAUGCUCCAGUCUGCAGAUUCUCGUUCAACAAAAUAAAAAAAUAACGAAAGGCGAAUAUGAACCUAUUGGUAAAGUCAGCAUUAGUCAACAGCGAGCAGUUUCCCUCUACACUCCAGAAGUUGCGACGUGUAAUCUGGAUGUGUUAAGAUCCUCCGCACGUGAGAUUUUGUCCACACUAUCGGGAGUUUUCGUCAAAUCUACCAAAGACGACGGUGGAUCUUUGCAGAGAACGAUUGGUGAGUUUGCAUCUAUUGCUGACAAAAGUGUCGUCUCGAGGUUAUUUAAGAGCACAAUGUCGAAAUUACUAAAGGUGACACAGGAAGCUGGCAAAAUACAAAAUACCAAAGGUUCUAGUUCUAUGGAAAUCGACAACUCGUCAAAUGAACCUUCACUGUCACAAACACGGGCAAAGCUAUAUGACUUGGGAGUUGCGCUUUUACCGGGAUUUGGUACAGAGGAGGUUGAUCUUUUAUAUGCUGCGGUUCAACCUGCAUUGAAGGAUACCGAAAGUUUGAUUCAAAAGAAGGCUUACAAAGUUCUCUCAACAAUCCUCGAGCACGAUGACAGUUUCAUAGCAAGAAAGUUUGAAGAGUUGCUCAAGCUGAUGUUUGAAGUGAUGCAUUCGUGUCAUUUUUCAGCCAAACGGCACAGACUAGACUGUUUAUAUUAUUUGAUCGCGCAUGUCUCAAAGGAUGAAUCAGAACAUAUGAAACGUGAAAUCGUUGCUUCUUUCUUGACCGAAAUUAUACUCGGCCUUAAAGAGUCUAACAAGAAAACGAGAAAUAGAGCGUAUGAGAUUAUCGUCCAAAUAGGCCAUGCCUGCGUGGAUGAAGACAAGGGUGGAAACAAGGAGAACUUGUAUAACUUUUUCAACAUGGUGGCUGGUGGUCUUGCGGGCGAGACACCGCACAUGAUCAGUGCAGCAGUGAAGGGCAUGGCUCGUCUGACAUACGAGUUCAACGAUCUUCUAUCGAAUGCGUUUAAUGUUCUUCCAUCUACGUUUCUCCUUCUUCAGAGAAAGAGCAGAGAAAUAAAUAAAGCAAGUUUAGGUUUUCUAAAGGUGUUGGUUGCCAAGUCACAAGCCGAAGGGUUGCAAACGCAUAUGCGGGACAUGGUGGAGGUGUUGCUGAGCUGGCAAAGCAGCAACAAGAAUCAUUUCAAAGCGAAGGUGAAGCAGCUCCUAGAAAUGCUUGUAAAAAAAUGCGGGCUUGAUGCUGUUAAGGAAGCAAUGCCUGAAGAACAUAUGAAGCUGCUCACAAAUAUACGAAAGAUAAAUGAACGAAAAGAGCGAAAACAUUCCGCUAACACUGAGGAAACCAAAUCUCGUCUAACGAAAGCAACUACCUCAAGGUUGAGCAGAUGGAAUCAUACGAAAAUAUUCUCUGAUUUCGGUGAUGAUGACGAAACUGAAGAUAUGCUCAACUCCAAAAAGUCUUCGAUCAAGUCGAAGAGAGCAAGGAAGAGGUUGGCAGAAGACAGUUAUGAACAGCUAGAUGACGAACCACUUGACCUGCUUGACCGUGAAAAGACAAGAUCGUCCCUUAGAUCUUCCGACAGUCUGAAAAGGAAGCUACAGGCUGACGACGAGCCAGAGAUAGAUGCUGAUGGAAGACUGAUCAUUUCGGAGGAGGACAAACGAGAGGUUAGGACGGAAAACGGGUCAGACACUGACGUGAGGAGUGUAGCAGCAUCUAGAAAAACAGAAAAACGGAGGAAAACAAUGGGUCAGUCUGGCUGGGCGUAUACGGGUUCAGAGUACUCUAGCAAGAAGGCAGGUGGAGAUUUGAAGAGGAAGGGGAAGUUUGAGCCGUAUGCGUAUUGGCCACUGGACCGCAAGAUGGUUAGCCGAAGGCCGGAGCAUCGGGCGGCUGCUAGGAAGGGCAUGUCUAGUGUGGUUAAGAGGAUGGAGGGGCAGACUGUCUCAAAUGCUUUAGCCAUGAAAACAACGAAAAAAAUAAAAAAGAAAAGCCACAAGAAACAUGGUUAAGAGGAUCAUCAUCAUCACAUUUUCUAUUUAAAUUUUGUAUAUCAUAUUACUUCUGGAUGUAUACUGAAAAUUGAGAGUGCAGCCUUUUUUUUGGUGUUGUGAGAUUGGCGAUAAAUCUACAAGUAUUUAUGAAACAUUUAUUUUUAUACAUGCA